AUGCUCAACGUGAUGGAUUUCUCCUGCUCGGACCAGUUGUAUUCCAAGUACGAGGAGAGCUGCGAGAUGAAAGCCGGGGACCUGCAGGGCUUGGGGCAGCCUGAGCAGCAACUUCUGGAAGAGGCCGAAUUCCUCGGAGGUGAGCUGCUGGAAUACCCCCCCCUGGGCAGCCAGCUGUCCCCCUCGCUCAGCUACACCGGCAGCUUCUUCAUCAAGGCUGUGCCUGAGCACCCCCAGGACCAGGAGUCCCUCUUCAACCUGAUGUCAGGGAUCUUGGGCAUCUCCCCCUUCGCCACCUCUGAAGGCCACCAAAGACACCUGGAUGCGCUCUAUCCCUGUCCUGAGGUGGCACCCAACCAGAUGGACAUCUAUCCCAGCUGCCAGCCUGAAAUGAAUGGCUCCAUGCAAGCCCCCUUCGCCGAGCAGAGCUACGGCAGCUUCCCCUCUGCGGACGCCGUGCACCCGCUGCAGCCUCAGCCCUCCUUGGGAACCACCUCCCAGUGCUUCUUCGAGAGCAAGCUGCUGGACACCAAGCAGGACAUCAAGCUGCCCUCCAGCUCCACAGCGCUGGAUAAGUUCAAAGCCCCCUGUGCCCAGUGGGAGCCCAUCACCCCGCAUCAACCCUUCCUGCCCACUGGCUUCCAUCCCACCGAGACCUUCCCAGCGGGGGAGAGCGGCCAGGCCAUGUUCCAUCCAUUGGGCUCCAAGAUGGAAAAUGCGCUGACCAUCAGCUGCCAGGCAGAGCUCGGAAGCCUCACGGAGGAUCCUGGCUGUUUCCCCAGCACCAAUUUGGGUUUUGGCUGUGAGCCGGAGAACUUUGCUGAUACCAAAAUCCAGAACCUCCCUGCCCAGCUGAUGCCGGAGUUCGACUCUUCCUUGGCACAACCCGACGUCCUUCCAGGUCUGAUGGGCUCCACCGAGAUCCUCCAUCCCCAUCCCUCACCUUCGGUGCCCCCCACGGACUUUUUAGGCCACCCCGUGCCAACCUCCGUCCCCUCCCUGCUGCCCACCCCUCCUACCUUAGCCGAGCCCAAGAAGAAGACGCGCCGCACCAAGUGCUCUUCCAAAUGCUUCUGCCCCAAGCCCCACGAGAAAGCCUUCGCCUGCCCAGUGGAGAACUGCGUGCGGAGCUUCGCCCGCUCCGAUGAGCUCAACCGGCACCUGCGCAUCCACACGGGCCACAAACCCUUCCAGUGCCGCAUCUGCCUGCGCAACUUCAGCCGCAGCGACCACCUCACCACCCACAUCCGCACUCACACGGGUGAGAAGCCCUUCUCCUGUGACACCUGCGGGCGGCGCUUCGCCCGUAGCGAUGAAAAGAAGCGACACAGCAAAGUCCACCUGAAGCAGAAAGCGCGGACGGAGGAGAAGCUCAAAGGCUUGGGGUUCUUCUCGGUGGGUCUCUCCUUCGGCACGCUGUGA